AUGUUUUCCGUGCCUCUCUGGGUAAUUCCCCUUAUUCUUAUCGCAGGUCUUUAUCAAAUUGCUGUCCUGGCCUUGCCUCGGUUUUUCCUUGUUCCCACACAUAAGUGGCAGGACAAGAUUUUACAUGUCAUCCGGUAUCCCAAGCCCAUCUACUUAAAUGUUGGGGUCAAGAGAUCCAGCUACAGACGCCGGCUUGUUACGGCAAGCGCGCAACCGUCUUUCUACACCAAUUUUGUCAAUGACAAGUUGAAGAUCCUGCCUGAGGACGCAAAAGAUGAAGAACGUUUCAUGGCUCAGAUGAAAGUGAGAGAUCCCAACGACAACAAGCGGCGGUUGGUUUAUGGGUUUUUCCACCCGUACGCAAAUAACGGCGGAGGCGGGGAAAAGGUCUUGUGGCAAGCCGUGCUGGCCACGUUGAUGGAAGACAAGAGAAAUAUAGUGGCAGUAUACACCACCAACAACGACACAGGGCCGCUCCGAAUUUUGCGCAAGGCAGAGGAAAAGUUCAAAAUCUCAAACUUGGACUCCAGAAGAAUUGUUUUCAUAUACUUGCGCAAAUAUGCGGCGUGGAUCGACAGCUCUUCUUGGAAACACUUCACAUUGGCCGGCCAGCUCCUCGGAUGCGUGGUUCUCGGGCUUGAAGCAAUGUAUGAGUUGAGCCCUGACGUGUGGAUUGAUACUAUGGGUCUUCCAGGCAGCUACUGGCUUGUUUCAUGGAUCUUGAAGAUCCCCGUGGUGGCGUACGUGCACUACCCAAUAAUCCAGCCAGACAUGUUCAACAAAUUGAAGUUCAGGACAGUGGGCGACUUGGCCGCGUUCAACUUCACACUUGGGCAUGCCAAGCAACUCGUCAAAUUUUUCUAUUGGUCUCUUCUCUAUUCCGUGUACAUGUACUUGGGUUCCUGUGUGGACGUGACUCUUGCAAAUGGCACCUGGACAUACGACCAUAUCUCGUCCAUUUGGGCCUUGAACAAAACUAAAGUGGUCAGCAUUGUUUAUCCACCUUGCUCCACAGAAGAAAUGGUACGUGCCGAGACGGCAGGACCCAGCAAGAGGCAGAACAAGUUGCUAUAUAUUGCUCAGUUCCGGCCCGAAAAAAGACAUGCGCUAGUAUUGGAAAACUACCUCAAAUUUGUGGAGGCAUUCCGCAGCUCAAAGUUGCCUCUUUCAGAUUUACCCACCCUUGUGUUUCUUGGCUCCUGCAGAACAGAAACUGACUCUUCGACGCUAGACUCUCUUCGCCAUCAGGCUGCCAAUUUAGACUUGACUGACCACAUCGAAUUCCUUGUGGGCUGCUCGUUUGCCGAGGUCAAACUGACUUUGAGUGAGUGCACCUUUGGUCUCAAUGCCAUGUGGAAUGAGCAUUUUGGAAUCGGCGUGGUGGAAUAUCUUAGUGCUGGCGUGGUGCCCCUCGUACAUGCUUCUGCGGGCCCGCUUUUAGAUAUCGUUCGAGAAUCUGAACCAUCCACCACGUGGAAAAACGAAAUCGGCUAUUUUUUCAAAGACGAAAGCGACCCGGACUUCGAGGGCGAAACACAAGACGGCAUGCUUCAAUUCACCAUACGCGGAAAUAAAUGCUCGUUCCCCAACUUGGCGGAUUUGCUCAAAACUUUAUUCAUCGAAAAUCCAGAGGAAUGCUCUCAAUCCUUGCUUCAGGAAAAGAGAGAUUUGGGUGUGAAGCUUCUGCUGGAAAGGUUCUCGAACCACAAGUUUACUGAAACUUGGACCAACUAUUUGCGCUCAAUAUCGCAAUUGGAGGCUCAUUACAGAAAGACAAGGAGGGAUAAGGUUGAUGCUGUUUACUGA